UGAGCAUAUUCCGCAGAGGGAACGGAAAGUGAACUGAAAAUCCACCAAGAGGCCUGCCUGCAGAGGUGCUUCUGUGGGUCUCUCCUUAGAGAGCUGAACGAACAAGUAAGAAAGCUUUCUGAGGAAGCAAACCCUUCUUUCUCUCUCCCCAAAUUUCCCAUUGUUUGUGUUCCAGCGUUCGUAAGCUGAUUAAAUCUCAAAACUUUGCUCUGACGUUGCUUCUAUUUGCUUCUCUCUGCGUUGAAACCCCUUACUUCAAUUCACAUGUGAAGCAUUGUUAUUUAGCCCAAGCUUCACAGUUUAUAUACGUUUGCUUGAGGGUCGAGGUUGUGAAUUUGGAGCGAAGGUUAUCUAGGCUUGGUAGCUCGACCAGGCGAAGGCUCAGCCGCGACCAUGUUUACUGAAGGACUUGACAGGAGUGCAAUUCGAUGGGUUCGAGAGAAGGAAGUUCCGUUCUCUCAUUCAAGUUUAAGAUCCCGAAUUGAUCCUGUUGGCGGGACAAAUAGCAGUGGCGCUAGAGGAUUCGGGUUACCACCACCAGCAAAAUUCAGAAGUGGUCAUCUUCCUGCGAAUGCGAUUCCUGGCGGGGUCGAUGAUAGUGGUACUUAUUCUGAUAAUGGUGCCAGUGACUCGGAAGAGGAAGUUUAUGGUGGCAGAUAUUCACUGGAUUCGUCUCCCCAAGACCACAGAGUCCCCAAUGGUGCCGGUCACAGAUACAGGAAUUUCACGCAAGGGCAAUCUCCAUGCGGUAGUGACAAUACGUUCUCUGAGGUGAGUUCCUCGAGGGAAACAGCGGUUAGAAGACCUGGCGCUGCGAGAAAUCCCCAGAUGCGGGUAACUAGGAAUGCAAUGCAGGGCAAUUUUACGGAGGACGAAUCAUCAGAUUCUGCUGCGAGCUCGGAAUUCUCAACUUCACCGACAGGAAGCGUCAAUGGUACUUUAUCAAAGACAAGAACUUAUCUUGCAGAGGGGUAUACUUCUAGUGUGCCUUCAAGGAUUAAUGUGAACCAUGCUACUGAAAAGAAUGGAAGAUUGACUGGUGAUGAUGAUGAAGAUGAGGUUGAAGACAUUCCCAGUGCCCCACCAUUUUGCAGUUCUGAUCAAGAAAUCAAGCAAAUGUCUGUGAAAAUUGCAGCUUCUAGAGUUCAUGCAGUUCCUCAUUCGGCAGAUUCACAAGGGUUUUCUUUUGGAAAUGAAUCAAGCCCUUUCAGAUCUAUGUCUAAGGAUAAGAUAGAGAACAAUAAAAGAAAUGAGAAUCCUGACCAAUUUGUCAGAACUACUGCUGGUUUGGAGGCUGUUGCAUCUUCAAGUUCAUACCCUGCUCGUGUUCCAACCUUUCAUGCAAGCGCCCUUGGGCCAUGGCAUGCUGUUAUAACCUAUGAUGCUUGUGUGCGUCUUUGUCUUCAUGCUUGGGCUAUGCAAUGCAUAGAAGCUCCUAUGUUUCUAGAAAAUGAAUGUGCGUUACUAAGGGAUGCAUUUGGAUUGCGGCAGGUCCUAUUGCAGUCAGAGGAUGAACUAAUGGUGAAACAAAAUUCAGGGCUAUCCAGUGAGGGUUUUGCACCAAAACAUAAAAAACUCAUUGGAAAGAUGAAAGUGCAAGUACGUAAAGUCAAACCAGGCCUGGAACCUCCUUCUGGCUGUAGCAUCUCAUCUUUAAGGACACCUUCAAUUAAAAUGGAGUCUGUGCGACAAUAUUUUACCAGCCUGCAGUCUACAGUCUCUUCUGGAUGGCAAUCCCUCAGAAAAGUUCGAUUCGCCCCACGUGUGCCGGCGAAUGGUUCCUUUGCACAGCAAAGUUUGGCAUAUGCACGUGCCAGCACCCGAUAUAUACAGCAGGUUUCUGGACUCCUGAAAGCCGGUGCUAAAACUCUUCGGAACUCUCCAUCAUCAUAUGAAGUUGCGCAAGAAACAUACUCAUGUUUGUUAAGACUUAAAAGCAUGGUUGAAGAAGAUGCCAUCAGGAUGCAGCCUGGGUCAUGUGAAACCCACAUGUUUUUUCCAGAUAGCCUAGGAGAUGAUCUGCUUGUUGAAGUCCAAGAUUCCAAGGGGAAGCAUUUUGGCUGUGUUCUUGUCCAAGUGGCUAAUGUCGCUGAUGACCCGGCUGACAAAUUACGCUGGUGGAACAUUUAUCACGGGCAAGAGCACAACCUUGUGGGCAAGAUACAACUUUAUAUAAAUUAUUCAACAAGUUCUGAUGACAAUAGUCAUCCCAAGUGUGGCUCUGUGGCAGAAACGGUGGCAUAUGACUUAGUUUUGGAAGUUGCCAUGAAAGUUCAAGGCUUUCAACAGAGGAACCUAACGUUACAUGGUCCAUGGAAAUGGCUUUUAACAGAAUUCGCAUCAUAUUAUGGGGUGUCUGAGAUGUAUACCAGGUUAAGGUACCUAUCUUAUGUAAUGGAUGUGGCUACUCCAACAGCUGACUGCCUCAACUUGGUUUAUGAUUUGCUAUCACCUGUUAUUAUGAAGGGCAACGGCAAGUUUUCUUUGAGCCACCAGGAGAACCGAAUACUUGGAGAGACUAAGGAUCAAAUUGAACAGAUACUCACUCUUCUUUUUGAGAAUUACAAGUCACUCGAUGAAUCAUCUUUUUCUGGUAUCUCAGAGGUUUUCAGACCUGUGUCUGGUGUCGCAGCACCUGCACUGGAGCCUGCUGUCAAACUCUACAAACUUCUUCAUGAUAUAUUAUCUCCUGAGGCUCAAACAGCUUUCUGUCACUAUUUUCAGGUUGCUGCAAAAAAGAGGUCCAGAAGGUUCCUGACUGAAACAGAUGAGUAUGUUUCAAACAAUAAUGAAGGCAAUCUAAUGGACAGUGUGUCCACACAUACUGCUUACCAGAAAAUGAAAACCCUCUGCGUAAAUCUUAGAAACGAGAUCUUUGCUGACAUCCAGAUUCUGAAUCAAAAUAUACUUCCCAGCUUUGUGGACCUACCAAAUCUUUCUGCAUCCAUAUACAGCACUGAACUUUGCAAUCGAUUACAUGAUUUCCUCAUUGCUUGUCCACCAGCAGGCCCUUCAACACAUGUAGCAGAACUUGUUAUUGCAACAUCAGAUUUUCAAAGGGAUCUUAUCAGCUGGAAUCUUAGUCCUGUCAAAGGCGGAGUAGACGCGAAAGAAUUGUUCCACUUAUACAUUCUUGUCUGGAUCCAAGAUAAACGCUUAUCUUUGCUUGAGUCAUGCAAACUGGAUAAGGUGAAAUGGUCAGGAGUCAGAACACAACAUUCUACUACUCCUUUUAUUGAUGACAUGUACGAACGGCUGAAAGAAACAUUGACAGACUAUGAAGUCAUCAUUAGCCGCUGGCCAGAAUAUACCUUGGUUCUAGAGAAUGCCAUUGCUGAUAUUGAAAAAGCCAUUGUGGAAGCUUUAGACAAACAGUACGCAGAUGUACUGUCUCCAAUCAAGGAAAACAUCAUCCCUAAGAAAUUUGGGCUCAAGUAUGUGCAGAAGCUUACUAAGCGAUCUGCAUCCUCUUAUAUUGUUCCUGAUGAGCUUGGAAUUCUUUUGAAUUCCAUGAAGAGAAUGCUGGAUGUCUUGCGUCCCAGGGUGGAAUCACAUUUCAAGUCAUGGGGUUCGUGCAUACCAAAUGUUGGAAACAUAGCACCUGGUGAGAGACUCAGUGAAGUGACAGUGAUGCUGAGAGCAAAGUUCAGGAACUAUGUGCAGGCUAUUGUGGAGAAACUUGCUGAGAAUACAAAGUUACAGAAUGCCACAAAAUUGAAAAAGGUUCUUCAAGAGUCAAAGGAAACUCUGGUAGAAUCUGAUCUAAGAGUAAGAAUGCAGCCAUUGAAAGACCAGUUGGUUAAUACCAUAAGUCAUGUUCACAGUAUUUUUGAGACCCAGGUCUUCAUUGCCAUCUGUCGAGGUUAUUGGGACCGUAUGGGACAGGAAAUUUUAAGCUUCUUGGAGAACAGAAAAGAGAAUAAAUCAUGGUACAAAGGCUCAAGGGUUGCAGUAUCUAUUCUGGACGAUGCCUUUGCCUCACAGAUGCAGCAGCUUCUGGGAAACACAUUGCAAGAGAAAGACCUAGAACCGCCUAGGUCUAUCAUGGAAGUUCGUUCUAUGCUCUGCAAAGAUGCUCCCAAUCCUAAGGAUAAUUCUUUCUACUAUUAGGCUUAUACCUGUACAUAAAAGGUGGUUAAUACGCGAUGAUAACAGCUUCAGAGAUGAUUUAGUUACAGAACUAGUAGAUGAUAAACGCCAGCAUUACCUUUGCUUGUUGGCUUGGUAGAUUGUUGAUAGAAAAGCUCGAUUUUGUUAGGAGGGCACAAAUACUGAAUUUAUAGUAGCGAGGGGGUUGUCAUCAAUUUUGUAGGCUAACUAGCAACUUGGCUGCUCCUGGAAAGAUUAAUAUAUUCCCCACGUGGGAUCUUUCGUUGUCAA